AUGGCAGCGAAAUCGUCAUCUUCAAUCCUCCUUCGAGGGGGCACAGUCCUUUCUCACGACGCCGAUGAUCAUGUCAUACCGCUCUAUGACACCGACGUGCUUAUCCAGGACAACAUCAUCGCCGACGUGGGCAAGAAUAUCUCCUCACCGUCCGAGGCGACCGAAGUCAUAGACUGCAAAGGAAAAAUAAUCUCUCCUGGCUUCGUCGAUACACACCAUCAUGUAUGGCAGACGCAGUUGAAGGGAAGACAUGCCGAUGAAGGAUUGGUUUCGUAUAUGGUCUCUGGUAACAUGAUGUCCUACGUAUAUACAUCUGAGGACACGUACUGGGGCCAACUCUCAGGCUGUCUCGAGGCAAUCAACUCAGGAACGACUCUCGUUCUUGACCACGCCCAUAUCGCUUACACGGCGGAGCAUGCCACCUCCGCCCUAGCCGGAACCCUCGACUCUGGCAUCCGCUCCAUUUUCGCCUACACCAUCCCCUUGCGCAUGACCCAGUGGGACCGGUCCAGCUGUGUGCCAAACCAAGACCUUCUUCCCGAAUGGGCACUGACGCAACUUUGUGACUGGGCGGAGAAAUACAACUACCCUACAUCUGAGUCGCAAGCAACGACGACAGUGGAGAUAGGUAUGGGCUUUGACUUUUGGUUUUUGCCAAGGGAGAUGGUGUUGGGGAUGUUUGAAAGGUUAAGACAGAAGGGUGUGAGGAUUGUGACGACGCAUGUUGGGAGGAAUGCUUUUCAGGGCCUCCAACCCACUAUCCCAAUGUUCUCAUCCUAUAAUCUGUUGCAAGUACCUUAUCCACCGACCAAUACAACUCCCACCCUGCCUUUUCUGCUACUUUCGCACUGCACGGGCCUCCCCUCAAUAGAUCUCUCCCUCCUCGCCUCGACCGGCACACCCAUCUCCAGCACACCCGACACUGAAUCCCAAAUGGGAAUGGGCUACCCUGUCGCUAUGCACCCAUCCUUCACCGCCACGCGCUCAGCCAACGUCUCGCUUGGGAUUGACUGCCACAGCAGCAAUCCCUCCAGCAUCCCGCUCCAAGCCCGCAACCUCCUCAACCUCACCCGGGUCGAAUACAACUCACACCUCUUGGCCGACGACAAAUUCCCCGCCGGGAGUGUCAAGGGGUCGUCAGAGGAGGCCUUUAAUCUGGCGACAAUCCGGGGCGCCCGGUGUCUAGGUCUGGACGCCCAGGUCGGGAGCAUUGCGAAGGGCAAGAAGGCCGACAUCGUCGUGUUCGAUGCUGCGGGCAGUGUGGGCAUGCUUGGAGCUGCCGAGUACGAUCCCGUCGUCGCGGUCGUGAGGUUCAGUGAGAGUGCGGAUGUCCAGUUCGUCAUCGUGGAUGGUGUGGUCAGGAAGAGGAACGGGAAGUUGGUCGACGUCCAUGUCAGCCCAGCUGGCGUGACUGGAGAGAGUCUAGGUGGGGGCCAGGGCAAUACGCCGACCCCGUGGUCCAAGAUCGCGGAACAGGUGAGGAAGACUGCGAAGGAGAUCCAGGCCAGGGUCGACGCCUUGAGUCUCGAGCAGGGAAGAAAGACGCUCUUGGCCACUCUUCACACGGAUCAGUCCAGCCUGGUAGAUGCCGCCUGA